UUCCGGCUUAACUCCUGCACUUCCGGGUUAGCGUUGUUGCUGAUAAGAGUCGACUGGAGGUCAUGUUAUAAAGUGUGUCGUUGGUCUUGUUGACUAGUAAUCCGCGUAAUUCUAUGGAUACUGCACAAACAAUAUUGUUUUAGUAGUCGCACUGUGCCUUUUGAAUCAGUCAUGUCGCAAGCAUCGUCUGGAUUCAAUCAGGCUGCUCAAGUCCCACAUGGGUCCAGUAAGGGUCCAUUCGGGGCUGCCUAUAUUCCCAAUGAAGAAGAGAGGCGUGUCUUCAGAGAGUGCAAUUCAGAAAGCUUCUGGUACAGAUCCUUGCCAUUUUCCGCCAUUGCAAUUGGAAUCACUCAGGUAAUGGUAUCAAGAGGAAUACUUAGUCCAUCACCCCGAUUUGGCUCUCUUCCCAAAGUUGCCAUUGCUGGCAUAUUUGGAUACAUUGGUGGGAAAAUGUCUUACAUGAAGGUCUGUCAAGAAAAGUUUAGGAAACUGGAGAACUCCCCACUGGGAGAGGCACUACGACAAGGACGUCACAUGCCUUCUGUGAUAAACCAGUCAGAAUUUGCUGAUCAAAACCCAUCAGAAUCUCAACAGUCUGAGUCUGUUUCUCAACCUGCAAAGGACGUCAGUUCUAUGCCUGAAAACUACAGCAAUUACACAAGUGACUAUACCUACAGCAGCCCCUCCCAAUCAUAUGACCCCACUCCUUUUAGUUCUGGAUUCAGCGAUUCUGGUCCCGUUAACAUCAGGGAUGAUAUUUCUCCUCAAGCGCUUUAUCCAGAUGAGGAUGUGCCCAAGAAGAGGCCAGUAUUGUACGAGGAACUGCGUAACAAAAACAGAGAGAACUAUGAGGUCACUCUCACACAGAAAGCUGAAACACUGAUGAAACCACAAAGAGAGGUGGCGGCACCUAAGGAAGUUAAAAAGAACAAGUAUGGAGAUGCUUGGGAUGAGUAAGAGUGACCUGAAGAAUCAACUUUCUGAAGAGCUCAAGAUCGAUACGCAGUGACUUCAGUGAAGUUGUCAUGCCUCAUUCUGCCAGAUCAGACCAAAAGCUGCAAUGAAAUGCUGAACUGAAGAUGAAUGUAUUUUAAGGAGCAAAACUUAGUUUGGCAAAUGAAUGCAAACUUGUUAGAAUUAAAAAAAACAUUUACUCUAAUUGCUUUUGAUGGCAUAUGUGGUUUGGAAACAAAUGUUUAUCUUCUUGGCUUCUAGCUUUAAGUGGAUUUAAGCUAAAUCAUUUUAACAAAGCAUCAGUGUUUUAUUGAUUAGAAAGUUCUGUCCAAAUACGCUUGAGAUUUGUUAAUAAAUUAAUACAAGUAUUUUAAAUAUAAUAUCCUUUUGAUAUAAACCCAGGAAAAUGGGCAUGUAAUAAAAGUAUUGAGGUUAAUUAUCCAGUCUGUGCACAAGUGACGAUUAUGUCAGUGUUGUUGGUUGUGACAGUAGAGAUGUUUAGACUUGGACCCAUGAUGAUAAUGACAUCAUUCACUGAUGUUACAGUUAUUACAGUCAUGUCCUCUGAGCUGGAGAUAAGAGAUAAAGAUAUGCGUGUUCUGAGGUUUAAAGUCUUUCUUUUUUAAUUUUUUAAUUAAAUUCAGCAAUUCAAUUUCAAAUAAAGCCUGUGACAUCUGUAAUUCA